UUGACAGUACAAGGACCUCAAAACAAGAAACAAUCGCGCAAACGCACCAGUCAAACGAAACCCGCUUGAUACCGACAACGUUCGCUGAACCAGACGCACACUGGAUAGGGGCUCAUGGCGGCACUGCUCACGUUAUCAGGCAGGCUGUGGAACACUGGGUGAUUGGAUCAUUUGCUAGCCAUGGCUUCGUUCGUCACUGACAAUAACAAUAUUCCGUCAAAACAGGACUAUUUCCGAAUAUCCAUACCGACGCUUUUAAGAAUUCUGACCGGAUUACCUCUGAUGGGAGCAAGCGUGUGUGUUAUUUUGUCUCUACUCUUUGAUUUCGCCUCAUCGACUGCUACACACUGCAAGGUACCCAACUACUUGCCUUCAAUCAGCUCAGCAAUCGGGGGCUACACUCCCCAGCGUUACAUCUGGAGGAUAUGUAUAGCCCUUCAUUGUGCCCCUCGAUUUCUCCUCGCCCUCGGCUACUUCAACUACCACACCUCCGUCGACAUGCGACAGUACAACAGCAUCUACACGGGGUUGGCAGCCUUGGCUACGACGUUACAUAUAUGUGAAAAUAUGGCGCUGGUGGCAUUGACGUAUGUCUCGUCAUCCGAAAACAUCGAAUUCCACGAAAAUGCAUUCAUUGCCUUCAUGGUGUUCUCACUCACAUAUAUGCUGCUCAUGUGCAUUUUGUUCUCCUGGGGACGCACUGGCAACGGAAGAAAAAUUACUCCCGUGGAAAGGAAAUCUCUUAACCUCAAGGCCACGUUGUUCAUCUUUAACCUGUUCAUUUUCCUGUUUGCGGUGUACCUUUACUUCCGACAUCACGACUACUGCGAACCAGGAGUAUACACUGGAUUUGCAGCGUGCGAGUAUCUCACGGUGAUAUCUAACAUAGCGUUUCACGGCACUGUGUCUCUGGAUUGGAAGGACUACACGUUGAUGCUCAGUCACAACGACUUUGUGGACAAAUUACAGGGCAAGUCCGACUGAUGACUGCCUUAUGUUUAGAUUGUUACUGUACAUAUAGAAUGAGUGUGUUAUUUUGGGAGCGUGUGGCUAUUGUCUCAGCCUUUGUUCACAUUAAAAGUAUUAAAAACAG